AUGGUAAUCAUUGUGAGAUCAGAUCUAUCUAUGGGCACAGGAAAAACUGCUGCACAGUGUGCACAUGCUGCUGUGGAAUGUUAUCGUCAAGCAGUAGAUAAUUCAAAAUAUCAAGAAUUGUAUGAACCUUGGUUAUUACAAGGUCAACCAAAAAUUGUUGUAACAAUACGUAACGAACAAAAAUUACUGACAUUAGCAGAAGAUGCCCGUAAGGUCGGCCUCAUUACUGCUGUAAUAAAAGAUGCAGGUAAAACUGUAUUAAAGCCUGGUACAAUUUCAGUACUUGGAAUAGGACCAGGCCCUAAAGAGGUUGUAGAUAAUCUUACUGGUAAUUUAAAGCUACUAUGA